CGCGUGCCCAGGGCGGCCGCCAAGAUGGUGGUGGGCGCGUUCCCCAUGGCGAAGCUGCUCUACCUGGGCAUCCGGCAGGUCAGCAAGCCGCUGGCCAACCGCAUCAAGGAGGCCGCCCGCCGCAGCGAGUUCUUCAAGACCUACAUCUGCCUGCCCCCGGCCCAGCUGUACCACUGGGUGGAGAUGCGGACCAAGAUGCGCAUCAUGGGCUUCCGGGGCUCUGCCAUCAAGCCGCUGAAUGAGGAGGCAGCGGCAGAGCUGGGCGCCGAGCUGCUGGGCGAGGCCACCAUCUUCAUUGUGGGCGGAGGCUGCCUGGUCCUGGAGUACUGGCGCCACCAGACUCAGCAGCGUAACAAGGAGGAGGAGCAGAGGGCGGCCUGGAACGCGCUGCAGGACGAGGUGGGCCGCCUGGCGCUGGCCCUGGAGACGCUACAGGCUCAAGCACAGGCUACGCCCUCUUUGAGCGCCCUGGAGGAGCUGCGUGCCGAGCUGCAGGAGAUGCGCGCUCAGGUCUGCAACACCCACUCUGCCCCCAAGUGCCAAGCAGCGUCUUCCAAGAAAUAGCCUGCUGCUGAGGCUUGGACUUGUAUGUGGCCAUGAGGCCCCCAAACAAGGCCUUCUCCCCACACCACCUGGCCUGGCCUGCCCUGGCCCAGCAGAAGCCCCCAGGACCUUGAUGCAACUGUGACGUGUGGUCACCCCACGCUGAUAGAAUCCGGGCAUUUCCCCCAGGGAGCACAGCAGGAAAAGUGUUCAGAGCCCCAGCUCCUGACUCGGAGCACUCAGCCCCAACUAGGAACCACGUUGGACUUGCAAGGUCUUGCCCACCUGCCUCCCCACUGCUCUGGCAAAGGCACAUUGGAAGCAGGGCUCAAGCCUACCCGGGACCUGCUCAGACAAGGUCAGCUGCCCGCACGCCUUCUUCCCUUGGUGGGUGCAGGCCUCAGCUCAGCGAGGCCUCCUGCAAUCGAUGCGUCCAUCCCCCCCAUCCUCAAUCUUUCCUCUGAGGUCCCCCACCCCUCGGCCUGUGGUGUUAUCCCCUAGUCCCUUCCUUGGUGCCGACUGAUCCCACCUGGCCCUCAGCUAACCUGUCUCAGCCGAAGCCCUGUCCUGGGGUCUUGGACCUUGUUUCCAUAUUUCCUCCCAUCUCUCUUCAGUGGCAUUUCUCAGGCCAGUGGGUUAGCUGUCACCCACACAUCUGUCCACGCCUUCCCCACUCCUGGAGCCCUGGGUCCCCCACCAUUUGUGUUGGCCCUGCCGUCUGCCCACUCCCCAGAGUGACAUGUUACUAGGAAUGUGGUGCAGGACAGAGUGACCUGUGCUCCAGUUCUGGACGCCGACAGCAGAGAUCAGGGUGUUGGGGGGUCUCACUCCUCCUGGCUUCAGGGGCUCCAAGUCUUCUGGACUCUGUCUUGUCUUGUGAGGCCUUCUCUUUCUCUUCUGUCUCUUGGACACCUGCCCUGAAUACAAGGCCCACUCUCAAUCUGGGGUGACCACAUUGAAAGGUCCUUAAUUCCAUCUCUGAAGACCCUUUUCUGAAUGGGGACACACUGACAGGGUUAGGACAUGGGUUAAUCUUUUGGAGGCCCCCGAUUCAGCUUCUUCCCUCUGCCAUCCUAAGAGCGGGCAAGGCCCGCUGUGCUGUUUGGCCCCUGGCAGCCUCCCCUUGGCUGCUGGGGUUGGCUCAGCACCACAGCUCCAGGACUGGGCUGCCCCAGUCACUGCGUGGCGGCAGGAGGCAUCUCAGCGAUAUAGGAGUGGCCUAGUUAAUACGGACCUCCAGACUGGGCAGUGUUCAUCAAUAAUAGAGAAUGUGGUGCCUCACAUCUGGAACCCCAGCUCUCAGAGGCUGAGGCAGGAGUGACCCUGAGUCCACAGAGUGAAACCCUGUCUCAAAAAAAGAAAGAAGAAAAAGAAAAAGAAGAAAAGACAAAAUCCUUGGAGAAAAGCCAGAAAAGGUUUUGGCUCUGAUGGGAAAGGGGCCAAGACUCAUCCUAUGAGCUCUUUCCCAUAUUGGGAAACUGAGGCCCAGGGAAAGGGAUACUAAGGGACUUGGCCAAGAUCCCACAGCUCAGGAGGGACCACCUACUUAGAGUGGGGAGAACCAGAUGGUUCUAGCUGCAGGGCAAGGUGAGGAGAGGGCCAGACCUCUUCCCAGAGGCCAGAGGCACUGGGUUUCUGUUCCCUAUCAGAAGAGCCCCAGACCACACCUGAGAUCUCCGAAUAUAGAGAGCAGAUUCCUUCUCCCUGGCCCUUGUCCCUAGAGGUGGGCCUGGCAGGGCUCUUCCCCAGAGGGGUGAAGAUGACCCAUUCCCAGGAUUCACCAGGUAGAACUCAAGACUUGCUUCUGAGACCGUAUCUCAACUCGUAGGAGAGGAGAACUGGUGUCUUUAAAUUUGGAGUGGCUGCGUUGGGUGAGGUCCUGACUGAGGGACAAAGGCAAAGGACAGACAUGGCUGCAGGAUGAGGAGGACAGAGGAUGGGGCCGGGGAGGCGACUCAGAGCCCGAUCGCCAUGGUUACCCCUGAGAGUCAGUGUGGCACUAACAGCUCCAAGACCAGCUCUGGCCACCCUGCCCUGGCUCAGUCCACUGAAGCUAUGGCAAAACCAGGCUAGGUCAAGGGCCCUGGGCCGUCAGGUCAGUCAUUACUCCAACAGAGCAACUUCGCUGUUCUAAGUUCCCUGAAGAACCCCACAGGAGUGUUUUCUCUGAGACGAAUGUCACCGUCAGGCCACCCAAGCAUGAAAUUGACCUGUGGGCCCACCCUGGCCCGGGGGAGCCUUCACAUGGGCCCGAUGCAUCUGGACACGUGGGGGCCUGUGGGCAGCCUCACCCACGGUGGCAGUGCGGGAAGCAAGUGUGAGGGCGUGUGGUUCCAGAAGCCUCCACAAGGCAGGAGGCCGGAGCAGUUAGUUCUCUGCGGUCCUACUCCCUGCAGUGUUUCCCACGUGGGGAGAAGGGUGAGAAUAAAUUGAUUAAUGAA